AUGUCUGAGCCACUCACAGGUAACAAGAACAUCGAGACCCUCGACGCCCAGAUGAAGGACUGCCUCAGCACCUUCGAAGCCCACCCCCAAUACCCCGGCCAUCCAACAAUCUUCUUCCUCUACGACUUCAUCCGGAACACCCACAACCAACUGAAGGGAGUUGACCCCGCAAAGUUCUACGCCGGCGACAAGGCAUCCCGAGACGCUGUGCAGGAGGUCAUCGGCCGAAAUGGUUUCGCUGCAAUGCUUACCGGCGAUACUACCGGCAAGCUGGCUAUGUUGACUGGCGGGGAUCCGGCGAACCCUGCUGAUUUUGGUGAGGAUAUUAAGGCCAAGACAAAGAUUAUGGCCGGGUUUGACUAG